UAAGGGGUCAGAAAUCUGUUUGUUUUACAAGUGAAGGACCAUGAUUUCUCCCAGCAACCCCCAUGAUGCCAAGGUAGGAGUGUAUCUGGUAUCUUGGACCUGUUGUAUAUUCCUGGGACAGCAAAAGAUAACGUCCUCCGUUUUUUGCACAGAAAGCAUAACUGUUUCAGCUUCUUGUACUCCCCUCUUCUCUACUUGAAGGAUCAUAUUAGGUAAUCAGUCCAGUGUCUUGCUUGCUGGCCUGGGCUAUGUGCCAUUGUAGUGGAAGCAAAGCAAGCCACCUUUCAUCACAUACAUAAGCCCCUCCGGGAGCUCCUGUUCGUGCCUCCCAAUCCAUUAUAGCCUGCAGGGAAGCCACCAUUGCAACCUGCAGCAUGGCCGCCGAUUGGUCGGGCCGUUCAGAGGUCGACACCUCCCGCGCCUUCCGGUCCGUUAAGGAGGCGGUCGCCGUGUUUGGUGAACGUCUCCUGGUCAGGGAAGCCCAGUUCAGGCCAAGUGCCGGUGCGCGAUGCGACCGUCGUGUUGGCAGGGAGGGGAACCCCAAGGCGAGUGCCGCUGCCAUUGCUGCUUCGAGUUCAAAGCUUGAGGGGAGUGAUGGCGUUAGAGCUUCUGGCCUUCUCACAAGGGAAAGCCACUCCAAGGCAAGUGCCACUUACAAUCUCAAGCAAGAGGGAAGUAGUCAUAACCCUGCUCCAAACCUACUGCCAGUGCCGAGGGCAAUUUCAGAUGACGUGCCAAUGUACUUGGUGCCCUCCUCGCCGCCGUUCUUUGCGUCGUCGCCGUCGCUGGCCAAUGACGACGACGAGGAGCAAGAGCGCAAGGAAGCCGACCUCAUGGUAAUGAGCUCCAUGAAGAAGCUGGAGGAAGAGGCGGCCAGGACACGGCAGGAGGUGGCACAGCUCAAGAGGAGGCUGGCCGAGAUGGAGCUGUCCAUGGCUACGCUCAACGCGAAGCUCCACCGGGCGCUCUCGAAGCUGGCGCACAUGGAGGCCGACAAGGCGGCGGCGGAGCGGGCCAGCAUCGAGAGAGGCCGCAGCGGCGACAUGGCGCUGACGGUCUGGGCCGAGCGGCGCGGCCCGAGCAGGCAGCCGUUGGGCCACCUGCUGGGGCUUGGCGAGGCCGAUGGGGAGGUGGUGACUGGCGGCCGGACUGUGGCGCCGGCGAGAAGGAAGGUGCAGAAGCAGAAGCCGAUUGUGCCGCUGGUUGUUCCUCUCAUCAAUGGCGUGCUGUUCUCCAAGAAGAGGAGGAUGAAGGACAAGGAGAGCAUGUACAUGAAAGAGCUUUACAGCUUGCUAAGGCUGAGCUAGCUGAUCAGUGGCUUCCAUGCUAAAUCUGUGGCAAUGCUUUGUGCACGAUCAUCUUCGUCUAUAUCGACUUAACUCUCAACUCUAACUUAGUUUUCUGUGACUGAUUAUGUGAGUGGAUAUGAUUGUGGUCCGGAAGAGGGUGAUGUUUUGAAUUGUAAAUUAUCGUAAAGCUACCAUUGAUGUAUGUAUCUUCAAAUCAAGAAUGGAGCAAUGUACAAAGCAUGUUGUAAUACAGGUAAUUAUCUGUAAAUUAAUUCUAUUGCAUGCAGUUUAUCAUGCU